AUGGGAUUAGAGGAGGAGGAACGAGCAUUUGAAGCGAAGCAUGGUGCCUAUAUGAUGCCAAAUUAUUACGAUAAGUCAUCAGCAAUGGUACCAUACGGUUACGGAACAUAUGCUGGUUAUCCGGCCGCAUAUCCAGCUGCCUAUUAUGGUCAGUAUCCUGUCGGCACGGGGUACUACGGAUAUAUGACGUAUGGCCGCUGA